CAACAAGGUGACCAGACACAACCUUGGACCGCAAGUCUACAGAAAUCUUUUGAUUUCUUAAAAAUUGUUAGUGUUUUCUUUUUUUCUUCUUCUUCUCCUGAGCAAGAUGCGCGCUCUUGGUUUGGCCAUUUUCGUGGCACUGGUCGCUUCUAUGUGCGCGCUCCCGCGGCGCCUCAGCCACGACCUUCCCAAGCGCGCGUCGCAUCCAGAUGCUGAGUUCUCCGGUAACGGAGCAGACGAACCGGUCAGGGGAUCAGUGCGGGUGGUUAAGGUGAGUCCGCACUUUCUGCGCCAUUCCGCACUAAAGCGGAGCCCGUAUCCGGCCUUCUUGGCGCUGGGUCGCGCCGGGCCGUCUGCGCAUGCCCGGGCACCUACAGCGUCACUCUCGCACCUGAGCGCAGAGGGCAGGAAGAGACAAGGCCUGGACAUGUGGCAGAGGGUGAUGCAGAAAAGCGAGCCGAGCAAAGAGGUCCUGUCAGUGCCGUUUAACCCCAGAGACGCGGGGACGCAGAGGUGUACAGCGGUGCCUUUCAGCCAGAGGAUAACCGAGGAGGGCUGUGAGCCGAUCACCGUCCACAAUAAGCUAUGUUUUGGACAGUGCAGCUCCAUGUUCGUGCCCCCUAACGCAGGACCCAGUAUGCAGGCCGGGGGCCCGUCGUGCUCGCGCUGCGGCCCGUCUGCAGCGCGCACCGUACUCCUGCCCAUGCGCUGCGGCUCGCGCGUCCGAGAAAAGCGCGUGAUGCUGGUGGAGGAGUGCAAGUGCGAAACCGGAAGAGAGGAAGAGAAACCUGAUAACAUGGCCAUGCAUUUAUAA